CGUCGCGAUCGGCGGUGUUGCCUCUCGAUCUGUGAAUAUAGGGCUUCUAGUUAUAGAUUUCCGUUGUUGUUGUUGUUACGAGACAACAAAAACCCACUACCGGAUGACCAUCGUACUGUAAUACAUAGUAGGCCGAAGGCUCAAAACUGACGAGUCACAAACACGUGUGGUGCAGCAACGAUCAAAGUAAACUAGUUUUGCUGAGUAGUUUGGAAAAUUAUACGGGAACAAAACCCAAUAAUUUAGAGGGUUUGCUUUGAAAAAGUGAUUGUAGGGGCAUAACUUUCUAAUUUCUAACCAGGAGGCUCGAUUGUUUUACGUGGAAAGUGAAUCAGUGUUUUUUCAAGUGAUUGUCCAGGUUUUUUACUAUUAAACAAUGGCAGCGGAAAUAAAGUUCGACGAGAAUAAGACCCCGUACAUUCAGCUGGGCGAACAUUACCAGACGCGUCUCGAGAACGACGAAUACACCGACGCCAAGUCCAAGGAAAAAGCCGUCCGGGAGCUGCGAGAAACGCCGGAGAUUGUAGCCGAAGCCUUCAAGGACUUAAGGGCCAAACUGCAAGAUGAAAAAUCCCUCUACGUUCCCAUCGACGAUGAUUCGUUUCUGGUCAAAUUUCUGCGGCCCUGUAAAUAUUACCCAGACAGCGCUUUUGCCUUGAUGCAACGCUACUACCGCUUUCGGCAGAAACAUCCGGACCUGUGCGACGAUCUGUUUCCGGCCACGGUGAAGCACGUCUUCGCCGAAGAUCUGAUAUUCUUCCAGCCGCUGCGCGAUCAAAAUGGCUGCCGGGUGCUCAUUUUGGAAGUCGGCAAAAAAUGGAAACCAUCCAAGAUCGGGUUGACCGACCUCUUUCGGGCCCUGCAAAUCGCCCUGGAAGCUGGCAUGGAGGAACCCCGCACCCAGCUGAAUGGUGCCAUGGUGAUUCUGGACAUGGAUGGCCUAUCGCUGACCCAGAUCAUGCAGUUCACGCCUCGUUUUGCGGCCCUGGUCGUCGAGUGGGUCCAGGAAUGCACGGCCCUCCGACUGAAGGGAGUUCACGUAGUUAACAACUCGUACCUGUUCAACAUGCUUUACACCAUCUUCAAGCCAUUCUUGUCCGAGAAACUGCGGAAAAGGGUCUUCUUCCAUAACAAAAACUGGAACUCCCUAACGUCACACAUUGGCAAGGAGUACUUGAGGCCACGCUAUGGAGGCACCUUGGAUGCUCCGGACUACGAAGGCCGUCUGAUCGGGGACCUGCUCACAAUGUAUCAGAAAGAAUUCGAAGUUGCAAAUUCCUACGGUUAUACCAAGAAGCCAUAAUCUUUUCGGAGUAACAAAUUAAGGGAACAUCGACUUGUACGUUUUCUAACAUCGAAAAAGGAAGGAUAUUAUCAACUAGCUUCAAAAUAUCUAAAAUUGUUUAGGAAAAAGUGCAAAAACAAUUGCUGUGAUUAGGAAAAAAUCGGUACGCAUCGGUAACCACAUUUGUAACUAAAAUUAGGAAUCAUUCUGUUACCAAUGGCCUAGGUUAAGGAUGAAAUCAAUGAAUCAAUAAACAGAAGACACUAUUUAUUGAGCUAACCUUUACAAGUGCUGGUGCGAGCACAGCGGUGGUUGUACAAUAGUUUUAGGUAUAAACAAAACGACUAGAAAAAG